AUGUCUGCCGAGACGCAAGCAUUUUCUUCCCACGACCUUCAAGGCUCUUCGCCGUCGCCAUCAAACCUGGCUCCACAUUUCAUUAACGGGUUUUCUGACAAAACAGGAGCCUCUCAAACAGGCCCCACCACCAUUAUGAAUGGAAUUAACCAAUUGAAGAAGCAAGGCGAGAAAAUGCUCGCCGACCACGUGCCCACAACAGAGGCUCUGGGAAAAUAUAUCAAGUCCAUCCACGAUUCCAUCAACACACCCUUGGUUCCGUCCACGAACUACUGGCUCAUAGGCUACAAGGCCCUUGAGAAGCUUGGGUCGCCCCUAUUUGCUGCUUGGGGGAAUUGCACCACACCUACGGCAAAGGUGCUUAUGCUCCUCCUUGUUGGCAUGAUGUUUUGGAUGCCCCUUCUUUUGUUCUUUUGGUUGGUUCUUCUUCCAAGCGUUUCGUUCCUAACGCUUGCGUAUAUCCUUCUUUUUGGAAAGCGAAACCUUCAAUUGCAUUUAGAAGAAACAUUUACCUAUGCCACCGGUCUGACCGUCAAGGUGCUUUUUACUUGCAUUUACCAUUUUAGGAGGGCAUCACUGUGGUUGAGGAUGCCACCCGGGCCACCCUUGUAUUGA